GUGCCAUUUAUCAGUAUGAUACAUGGGCCAGUGAAUGCUACAUUUUUCAUACUCAUGUUAUAUACAAAUAAGGUUCCUUUUUUUUUUUUUUUUAAAGCAGGACAGAAGGAACAAGCUGUGGAAUGGUACAAGAAAGGUAUCGAAGAACUAGAAAAAGGAAUUGCUGUUAUAGUAACAGGCCAAGGUGAACAGUGUGAAAGAGCUAGACGCCUUCAAGCCAAAAUGAUGACUAAUUUGGUUAUGGCCAAGGAUCGUUUGCAGCUUCUAGAGAAGCUGCAACCCGUUUUGCAAUUUUCCAAGUCACAAACGGAAGUCUAUAAUGACAGUACUAACCUGACUUGCCGAAAUGGACAUCUCCAGUCAGAAAGUGGAGCAGUUCUGAAGAGAAAAGAUCCCCUAACACAUGCUAGUAAUUCAUUGCCUCGAUCAAAAACAGUCAUGAAAAGUGGAUCCACGGGCCUUUCAGGUCACCACAGGGCUCCUAGUUGCAGUGGUUUAUCCAUGGUUUCUGGAGGAAGACAGGGACCUGGUUCUGCAGCUGCUGCACAUAAGGGUACUCCAAAACCAAACAGAACCAACAAACCUUCUACACCCACAACGGCUGUUCGUAAAAAGAAAGACUUGAAAAAUUUUAGGAAUGUGGACAGCAACCUGGCGAACCUCAUAAUGAAUGAAAUUGUUGACAAUGGGACAGCUGUUAAAUUUGAUGAUAUAGCUGGUCAGGAAUUGGCAAAACAAGCACUGCAAGAAAUUGUUAUUCUUCCUUCUCUACGGCCUGAAUUGUUCACAGGGCUCAGAGCUCCUGCCAGAGGGUUGUUGCUCUUUGGUCCACCUGGAAACGGAAAAACGAUGCUGGCUAAAGCAGUAGCUGCAGAAUCUAAUGCCACCUUUUUCAAUAUAAGUGCUGCAAGUUUAACUUCAAAAUAUGUGGGAGAAGGAGAAAAACUGGUGAGAGCUCUCUUUGCUGUGGCUCGAGAACUUCAACCGUCUAUAAUUUUUAUAGAUGAAGUUGAUAGUCUUUUGUGUGAAAGAAGAGAAGGGGAGCAUGAUGCUAGUAGACGACUAAAAACUGAAUUUUUAAUAGAAUUUGAUGGUGUGCAAUCUGCUGGAGAUGACAGAGUACUUGUAAUGGGUGCAACUAAUAGACCCCAAGAGCUUGAUGAAGCCGUUCUCAGGCGUUUCAUUAAACGGGUAUAUGUGUCUUUACCAAAUGAGGAGACAAGACUGCUUCUACUUAAAAACCUGUUAUGUAAGCAAGGAAGUCCACUGACCCAAAAAGAACUUGCACAACUUGCUAGAAUGACUGAUGGAUACUCUGGAAGUGAUCUAACAGCUUUGGCAAAAGAUGCAGCCCUGGGCCCUAUCCGAGAACUGAAACCAGAGCAGGUGAAGAAUAUGUCUGCCAGUGAGAUGAGAAAUAUUCGAUUAUCUGACUUCACAGAAUCCUUAAAAAAGAUCAAACGCAGUGUGAGUCCUCAAACCCUAGAAGCAUACAUACGCUGGAACAAGGACUUUGGAGACACCACUGUUUAAAGGAAUGCCUUUGUAAGCCCACAGAACAUUAUACUUAACAAGAGACAUGAGCUUCAGAGAAGUUAUCACCUGCAGGAACUCAGACUUCGUUUACAGGACUUUUUAAGAGUUCCUUUUUGUGCACCAAACUUGAAGAGGAACAAGACAGACCUAAAUAAAAUAUGCAAUGUGAAUGGAGUUUUUGUUUAAGGCCUUCUUGCCUGGUGGUCAUGGUUUUCUCAGUGGGCACUGUUAGUUAGAGCACAGCAGAAAUAGAUUCUGGUUCUUUAUUGAUAGUAAUCAUUAUGUAAAUAAUAAUUUGUAUAUUGUGUUCAGGUAAAAGUAUUCCAGAGACAGCGACUGGAAGACACAGAGAGCUGGCUGUUGUCUGUCUUAACACUAUUUUCUGGUUUCCUUUCUGCUGUUACCUUAGCUCCCUGUGAUUGGAAUAACAAGUACUUGGAGUUCUUUCUGCUUUUCUUACCAACUCCAGUGUGCCAAAUGGAAACCUUUUCCCAUCUGUAGUAAGGAAGAGCUAACUAAAGCUUUUUCAACCUAGAUAUACAAACAGUAAACAGCUAAUACCUUCUUUUCAUGUUCUGUUUUUCUGUUUUAUUGCCUUGCCACCAAACAGCUUAGAAAGCAAUAUAAUAGCCACAGAGAAAAUCUGGCAUGACAAAGGUUUGAAGGUUUUGAGUCACUCUGUCAUGUAACAUGUAGAUCAGUCCUUGUCUGCCCUGCAGUAUUUUUUUCUAAUAUGUCAGAAAUCCAUUAUAGACUUAACUUAUUCCAGCUGAAAUUCAUUUUUUGUGUUGGACUUAUUCUGGUAUUUUAGAGAGCCACUUUCAACUGCUAUAAUUUGCACCAAUAUGAGAGAAGGGACAUAUUAGGAAGAAAGACAUUUCUAGCUUAUUGCUUACUACUUUCUUAAUAGGAUAAUUACUAAAUGCCAGUGGCACCACCAUCUUUUUACUAAUUACUGUCCCUUCCACAAAAUUGAAAAUACCGAAUUUUUCUACACGGCAUAUAUUUUAUAGGUUUCCUGUGCUUACUUUUUAACUAAAAAGCUCUAGUCUGUUGAUCUACCUUUUGUUUCCAUAAAUGUAUAAUAAUUCUUUGUUGUUUGUAUAAAUAUGGCUGGACUUUUAUUAUAAAAAUGCAUUAUAGGAAGUAGAGGCUCAUGUGUGGCCUUUUAAGAAUUGUAUCAAGGCAAAUGGAUAUUUGCCCUUAGUUUACUGGUUAAAAGUUUGUUUACAGAAUUUUUCUUUGGUGCUUAAAUGAUGCAGUGUAAAUUAUCAUGGGUAGAAAGAAUAAUGUUGUGGUAGUAACACCAACCCUUCUUGUAAGAAAGAUGUUUGAGAAAACACAUUAAAACACUUGCCCUAUCCCUGGAUAAAAAUUUUAUGAUAAAGACAUACAUCCUCAGUUUUACUCUUUGUCUUGUUAAAGAUUUACCUAAGCAUAGAAGAUGUAUUAUUUCUUUGAAGUAUAUGCCAUUUAUAGCUGCAAUUUAAGUCAUGUCUCAAUCAUGAUUUUAGACAUCACUGAAUGAUAAAGAUGAAAAGUUUAGAUGAAUAGGAAAACAAAUUUAAACCACAGCUGUUUGGUUUUGGCUAAGUGUCUAUUCUCAGAUGUCAGAGCCUUAGUUACAAAUACUGAUGACAGGAUCCUGUGACGAGAAUUGCAGCAGUCCUAACCCAAAACGUCAACAAUAGAGCUCUUAAAGUUCAGUUUGGUUUCAUUUAGGAAGAGAAUAAUAUCACCACUAUUUAUGUAUUGAGAUAGGCUUCAGCUCAUUUUAAAAAUAGAACGGCCAUAUACUUAGUUUAUGAUUCUUUGGGAAGGGUUUUAAGAGGUAACAAAAUUUUCAUGUGUCUAAAAGAUAGAAAAGUCAAGUUAACCUAAAUUGCUGAAUCAGAGGUAUUACUGUGUGACUGUCAGUGCGUAUUAGCUCCUUUGUUCAUCAGGUAGGAGGUUCAGCAAGUGAGAAUACUUUGUUAUGUCUUAGGACCCAGGUUUAUUUUAUCCUUUUUGUUGUUGUUUUUAAAACAGGGUCUCAUGGAGCCUAAGCUGGCCUAGAACUCAAUGAGUAGCCUAGGAAUACCUUCAACUGAUCUUUCUCCUCCACUUCCCAAGUGCUGGAGUGCCCAUGUGCACCGCACACUGGGAGGGUUUUUCUUUUUCAGUAAGGAUAGACGGUUUCCAAAUUAAUAUUAGAUAUUAUUUAAUAUUAAUUUUAGAUUUUUGCAUUGAGCUCUGUUUACUGUUCAAGAUGUUUAAAAAGGAAGGAUUGGAGCUGGGCAGUGGUGGUGCACAUAGAGGCAAUCGGAUCUCCCGAGUUCGAGGCCAGCCUGGUCUACAGACAACUGUCAGGACAGGCUCCAAAACUACACAGACAAACCCUGUCUGGAAACCCCCUCCCAAAAAAAGGAAGGAUUGGUAUGCUCUUCAUGUUAACAUGACAAGAGUCCUUGCAUGCUCGGUGAACUUACUGAUUACCUAACUGAGCCAAAGGAAAGCCUCAUACCAUCUUUCUAGAUCUGCUAAGGCUACAAAGCUUUUCUGAGACUAGAAGCCAAUUGAAUUUAUUUUUUGUCCUUUUGUGCUUACAGUGUAACAGGAUAAACAGAAUUUUAAGUUAAAUAUAUGUGGCAUUCUCUGUUGAUAAUGUAAACUGUUUAUGUGUCCCACAAAAUUAACUUUUUGUAGAAUGAAUUUACACUUUGCUUUUUGGAUCCUUAAGGCAGAAGAUUUUCCUUUAAAUGUUUGUCUCAAUUUUAGUCUUAACUUUUUACUUCUAUAAAAGAAAUGACUUUAAGGGGAUACACAGCUGCAUAAAGUGGGUUUUUAUCCUAAUUAAUUUUAUUGUAAAUAAAUGACAAACUUUGUUUUGCCUUAA